AUGGUUGGCCUAGGGCCGAGUGAUCAAGGACGUGAUUCCUUUGAUGUGUGUAUGGUGGCACGUGAAACUACACCGAGUGCGGUCGGCCGUGAGAGCACCGCACUGAAUGUCGGUAAUGACAUUGUUGGCGAUACGCCGUAUAGUGUGGGCGGCCGUGAGGGCACCACACCUAAUGUCAGUAAUGACAUUGUUGGCGAUACGCCGUAUAGUGUGGGCGGCCGUGAGGGCACCACAUCUAAUGACAGUAAUGACAUUGUUGGCGAUACGCCGUAUAGUGUGGACGGCCGUGAGGGCACCACGCUUAACGCCGGUAAUGGCGUUGUUGGCGAUUCGCCAUAUGGUGUGGGCGGCCGUGAGGGCACCACACCUAAUGUCGGUCAAGACAAAAGCUCUCGUAUAGAGCAUACUAUGGUUGGUAGUAACCAUGGGGACAAUAUUGUCCCGACCCCUAAGGGGAGUAAGGUCUCGAAGAGACAAUCGAGACGCCGAGUAGCAGCUGUAAAGCGCCAGGCGUCCUCACAGUCACAUAGUGAGAUUAUCAAUACACUGUAUACACUUGUUAAUGGAGUGACUGGUCGGGUCGAUGGCAGUGUUUGCCUUGAAACCCUUCCAUCCGUGGACGCUCUUUGUGAGCUAGACGAAAUGUCUGAUGGCGAGUUUAGCCAGGCCUUGAAGGCAGGAGAGUUAUCCGAGUUAGCGGUCAUUAGACCUGAUACUGAGUUGAACUCUUCCUCGUUAAUGGAUGAGUCUGUCCUAGAGGAUACAAAGGCGGCACUUAGUGCACGAAGUGGAUCUUCGAUCCUUAAAGAUCCGUCGGAUCCGUUCUAUCCUUUAGUUAAGGAAUUUCAAGAUGUGGUGUGUCACAACCCACCUUCUGCCUUACCUCCCGAUAGAGGUGUACGUCAUGAGAUUGACUUGGUUCCUGGAACUAAAUACUGUGUAACACGGCAGUGGCCUUUGCCUAAAGAACAGUGCGACGUCAUUGACGAUUUCUUUCGUGCUAAGCACGCGGCUGGGAUGGUUCGUGAGAGCAAGUCUCCCCACUCAACACCGACAUUUUGUGUCAAAAAGCCAAAUGGCAAGUGGCGUAUUGUGCAUGCUUACAAUAAGCUUAAUGCAGCUACUAUACCGGCGCAGACGCCUAUUCCUCGAAAGGAUGUUCUUCAGAACAAUAUGGCGGGAUGUACACUGUACAGUGCACUCGACUUAGUCGAUGGUUAUUACCAACUGCUCAUGCGAGCAAGCGAUAUUCCGCUAACAGCGGUGAGUACUCCGAGCGGUAUGCUUUGGGAGUGGCUCGUUAUGCCGCAAGGGCUAUCUAACGCCCCGGCUACGUUUAACCGGUUGGUAACGCAACUAUUCAGACCUCAUCGAGGCUAUGCACAAACGUACUUUGAUGACAUUUUUGUCCAUAGUCGUGCAAUGAAUGGGCGAUCAGAUGUGGAUAACCACAUUGAUCAUUUACGAGCUGUGCUCGAGUGCAUGCGAACGAAUAAGCUGUAUGCGAACGCAUCGAAGUGCAUCUUUGGUGCAGAAGAGAUUCCCUUUCUAGGGUGCUUCAUUGGGAAGCGAGGCCUUCGAGCGGAUCCCGCUAAGGUAAAAGCCAUAGUCGAUUGGCCAGUCCCCAAGAACCAAAAGGACUUGCGUAAAUGGCUUGGCCUUGCCAAUUACUUACAUAAGUAUAGUGCAAAUUACGCAGAUAUGGCUCGGCCAUUGUCCAAUCUCCUUAAAAAGGAUGUGGGUUGGUGUUGGGGGUAA